CCAGCACUCCACUUCCUCUCCUCCACCACCAACACCCUCGAUCGAAGAACAACACACGUCCGAUACGAAAUACGCAGAGAAGAAGCCACAGAAGGCGCGAACCGAGCAAACCGCAAUCAUGGCCGAUGUUGCCGAAUCCCCAGUCGAGCGCAAGCCUCGCAAAUCCGUCGCCUUCAGCGAUGGCGCUACAAUCGUCGACAACGACGGCAACGUCACGGAACAAAACGCAGACGUGAACGGCGACAAGAACUCGGCGGAGUCACACUCAGCGGGUAGGUCCAAAAUAAACAAUGCUGUGGACGAGGUGACCGAUAUGUUCAAGGACCUGGCGAAGAAGAAAAAGAAGAAGAGUAGCAAGACGAAAGAGGAGGACGGGGAGGCGCCGGCGGCGGAUGCAGAGUUCGACCCCUCCGCGCUGAAGAAAAAGAGGAAGAAGAAGACGCCGAAGGCCGACACCGACGACUUCGAAGCCAAGCUCGCCCAAGCCGCAGGCGCCGAAGGCGAGAAGCCCGAAGAAGAGGAAGAAGCCGCGCCCGUCGAAGCCGGCGACAUGAUGAAGGGCACGGGCAUCUGGGCCCACGACAGCAACGCCCCGAUCAAAUACAACCUCCUUCUCAACCGCUUCUUCACCCUCCUCCACGCCCAGCACCCGGACCUCGCGAGCACCGGCACAAAAUCCUACAAGAUCCCCCCACCGCAGUGCCUGCGUGAAGGCAACAAGAAGACCAUCUUCGCCAACAUCGCCGAGAUCUGCAAGCGCAUGAAGCGGACCGACGAGCACGUUACCCAGUUCUUGUUCGCUGAGUUGGGAACUAGCGGCAGUGUGGACGGCAGCAGGCGUCUGGUUAUCAAGGGUCGUUUCCAGCAGAAGCAGAUUGAGAGCGUGCUACGUCAUUACAUCGUGGAGUACGUCACGUGCAAGACGUGCCGGUCCCCGGAUACAGAGCUCAACAAGGCCGAGAACCGUUUGCUGUUCGUCACUUGCAAUACCUGCGGUUCUAGGCGGUCUGUACAGGCUAUCAAGACUGGUUUCUCGGCACAGGUCGGGAAGAGGAAGAGGCAGCAGGGUUAGAUGGCCGGCUUCCUUCGAUGUUGCGCUUUUGUUUUCUCUGGGUUGCAGAAGUCAGACUUGUGCAGAUUCUGGCAUCCGAGUAUUGAGAUUUAAGGGUCGGUAUAUCCCCCCUUGU